UGCGGGUAAGCACUGCUCGAAUGCCCGGAGAUCUCCGGGAACGUUCGCACCGGAGACAACUCACGGCGGACCACGACGCGCACACGACCACUGUUGUUGCGGUUGUUAUUGUUGUUGUUGUUGUUGUUGUUGUUGUUGUUGUUGUUGUCGCAGUUGUUGUUGUAAUAUAGUCGUUUCCGCCGCCGCCGUUACGUGUAAUUCACCGCACUCGUCGAAUUUCUUUUUGUUACUUUUUCUAGAAAUCUUAUCUCAUCCGAUCCUAAAUAGUCGACCACGAAAUACGCAAUCAAGACGGGGGACGCCUUUAUUAUCAUAAAUUCUAUUUUUCCGGUCUGGUUUCCUCUUCCGGUUUUUUUGUUCCGACCAUUAUGUAAAUUGCCCACACCGACAACACUGACGACGACGUACUUCUGCGCGUCCGUUUAACGGUUCAUCGGUGGACUGCUGCUGAAGACGAGGACGAAGACGAGGACGAGGACGACGCCGAAGACGGUUGAGGUGGUGGCGGCGGCGGCGAUGGUGACGGCGUGCUGCUGCUGCUGCUGCUGCUACGACAACCACGCCGCCACGCCCGAGCCGCGAUGACCGGCCGCGCCGCGCACACAGUGACCGCGACGGCAUGGCUCGUGGUCUGCGUCGCCUUUAUGGCGCCGAUGGCGCCGCCGGACGCUCACGCCGCGGCCCCGGGCGGCGGUAUGUUCGGUGACGUAAACAUAUCGGCGAUUCUCGAUUCGUUCAGCUUGAGCUAUGACAAAAGAGUAAGACCAAACUACGGAGGGCCCCCAGUAGAGGUCGGAGUCACCAUGUAUGUUCUCAGUAUAAGCUCCGUGUCCGAAGUACUAAUGGACUUCACGCUCGAUUUCUACUUCAGACAGUUCUGGACCGAUCCCCGGUUGGCGUUCACCAAACGGCCUGGCGUCGAGACACUGUCCGUGGGAUCGGAGUUCAUCAAGAACAUUUGGGUGCCCGACACGUUCUUCGUCAAUGAGAAACAGUCGUACUUCCACAUAGCGACCACCAGCAACGAAUUCAUCCGGAUACACCAUUCGGGGAGCAUAACGCGGAGCAUUCGCUUGACGAUCAACGCGUCGUGUCCCAUGAACCUGCAGUACUUCCCGAUGGACCGACAGCUGUGUCACAUCGAAAUCGAGAGCUUUGGUUAUACGAUGAGAGACAUCCGGUAUAAGUGGAAUGAGGGACCGAACUCGGUGGGCGUGUCCAACGAAGUGUCCCUGCCUCAGUUUAAAGUGCUGGGACAUCGGCAGAGAGCUAUGGAAAUUAGCCUGACAACAGGUAAUGUUUCAGACGAAAAAAUAUCUCCAACGCAAGUAUAAUAAUAAUAAUAUUAUGUAAAAAUUGUACCUAUCCAUAUAAAAACGUAUAAUAG